AUGUUCGGCGUGGGCACAGACCAGAUCCUCGAGUUCGAGAAAGAAGACCUGUACCGGGCACUGAGCGGCGGUGACGUGAAAGUCCAUGGCGUCGCAACAUGCGAGACGUUCCGGACGUACCCCGAUGCACCAGUCGCAGGCCUAAUUCUGUACAUCGAUGCGAGCCAGACUACCGAAGAGGAGUACUGGACGGCGGUAAAGAGAAUCAGCGCCUACAAUGGCGUGAGUCCUGCUUGGCGCAGCGGUGUCGCGCUCCUGGGCUUGCUCAAGGACUGGAAUCACGCCGGCAGACUGUGA